ACAGAAGAAUCAUUAGGAUCGUGCAUAUAAAAACAAACGCAAGAUCCUGGAGCAAAUAAUUGCAGCUAGAGGAUCAUCUAGGAAUUCAUAGAAAAUAUGUCAAAGCCAGAGUUUAUCUCCUUUUUGUAUUCUAAUACAUUUGUACUGGCAUUCACCUUCCUGAUUUGUCUUCUCCUGUUGGAUUUUGUGAAGAGGAAAAAGAGCCGACGGUUUCCUCCAGGUCCUAGAGGAGUGCCAUUUCUUGGUAACAUUCUACAGGUUGAUUUUAGGCAUCCUACGGUCUUUUUUACCCAGGCAAAACAAAAGUUUGGAGACAUCUUUAGUGUGCAGUUCUUCUGGCAGAAGAUAGUGGUAAUUAAUGGGUUUGAAGCAAUGAAGGAAGCCUUAAUCAAUAGAUCUGAGGAUAUAGCAGAUCGCCCCCGAUUUCCCCUCUUUGAGAAGUUAGGAUUCACAGAGAACACAAAAGGAUCCCGGGACACAACAGACACUGUCAGAAUUGGGACCGGGAAGAUAUCAAGAAACCUCUGUUUCUCCAUCUCCUCUACACAGUGUGACCCUGGAAGCACUCUGAGCAUUUCCCGGUUUGGAGCUGUGAAAAUCACAGUUGAAACGUCAGGUAAACAGUGA